AGGCCACUCAUCUAUAAAACGACCACCACUCCAAGGUGGUUUUUUUCGUUGCUUUGUCCCAGAUUGAAGGUGGUCGGGUAUAUUUGUGGCCUUGUGGAAAAGCUAUCCCAGCGACAGGAAAUCUAGCUGGCCCACGAGUGAGUGUGCGAUUUUCCUACAGAGAUGACUACAUUUAAACUGGGAUCCAGCUGUUCUCCAGCAAAGUGCACCAGUGUUUCCGUGCGCCGCGUCGAAGAGGAAGAUGAUGUCGAAGAUGACACUGAUCCGGACAGACUGGUUCCGUGCCCGUUUGACAAGAACCAUCAGAUCCGUGCUUGUCGCUUUCCCUACCACUACAUCAAGUGUCAGAAGAACCACCCGAAAUUGGCUCAGGAGCUCAAGACGUGCCCGUUCAACGCACGCCACCUGAUGCCCGCGGCAGAACUGUCGCGCCACAUUGCCAACUGCGCAAACAGAAGCUCUGUCAACACCGAAGACUUGGGCAGCAGUGAGGUCCAGAGCAAGUGGCAUGUUCCAGUGAGCACCUGGGAAAACUCAGAGUGCAGUGAAGACUGGGAUAAAGAGAUUGAAGCAAGUCCUACUGCCCCCUUCAUCUGGGGGACGUCCACCUCUGCGCUCAACCAGGACAGGACGGAGACCAGGACCACAAACAGUCUCCCCCCUGGCCUGCGUGCUCCUACCACACUGCCGUGGAAGAACUAAAGCAAGACGUCACUCCGUUUUUGUGUCGAAGCGCGGGCACGCACGCGAGAACAUCACAUGGCAUUCCCGGAGCGCAUUUUGAGGCGGAAGACCACGGUUUUUUUAAACGUACACAAGCAUUCACAUUGUUCAAUUUUAGCGAUGCUAGUUUAGGGUUUAGCGUUUGUUUUAAAGUUGUGCUUCCAAUCUUUCUUUUAAAUUGCCUAGAUUAGUUGUGGUAUUGGUUUCUUUGUGGUAUUAGUCACUAAUUCCAUUCUCUUGCCUCAUUGAUUUAAGCGAAUUGAAUUUGUGAUUUAAAUAAAGGGAGAUUUUGGGAAUUUAAACA